AUGGUUUCCAGAUCAGGAAAGAGGCUCUUGUUAAUGGCCGUUCUUGCCCUCCUAGUGGUGGUGCUUCUCCUCGUUGAGCAACGACAACAAAAGGAAACCCAGCACAACGAUCUCCUUACACAUAUCCAUGACUUGAUGGCAAAGCCUGACCAAAGCAGUGAUGAGAGUGCGAAACAACAAAAUCCAGCACAAAAAGUGCCAUCUCCAGUGGAGAAAGAACACAAGGAACCAGCUCUUGAUCCAUGUACUGCUUUCAGCCCUCAUAAGGGUUUCAUAGACUUGGGAGGGCUCUCCAACGUUGCCAACGAAGGCAAAGCAGUAGCAUGGUCUACAAGAGGCUUUGAUUCGGGUCACAACUACUCUAUUGGAGUGUGUCUGAGUCCAAUCAAAAAGCUCCAGGAUGUUCGUAUUAGAGACGAUCUAAAUUCCUCGCAAGUUGGCGCAUUCUACAUUGAUCCUGAAUCUGGCGAGUACGUGCUGAUGGGUGAGUACUCAGUUGCUCCCGAGAUUCGUGGUAACAAGUUGACUCUUACUUAUGCAAAUGGUUCAUUCUGUGAGAAGGUCAAAUACAGCAACGGUGAACGCUUGCGGAGAAAGACUAUCUUGACUUUCACAUGCGACCGUGAGAUGUUGACUAAAGCCCACGUUUCGUACGUGGCGGCCGUGGAUGAUUGUACCUACUUAUUUGAGAUCCGCUCCCAUUUUGCGUGUCCGACGGCUGCUAAAGCAGACAACUUGGCAGUCAUUUGGAUUUUUCUCCUAAUCUGCAUGGCAGCUUUGUUGGUGUACUUUUCAGGAGGCUUUUUGUACCGUCAUUUGAAGAGAUAG